AUUUUCUGACGGCGGGCUGGGUUUAUAAACCUCUGCCAGCCCUCAACACAUGAGUCUGGAGGCCACUUGUCUCUGCGGUCUGUCACGGAUGCACAUGCAGCAAGGUCCAGCAGCCUCAGCAUCCUCGCUCCUCGCCCUGGCGGGUACGGGAGCGCAGGGCAAGCUCUCCAUCAUGCGGUCCUUCUUCCUGCUGCUCUUCUCCCUGUUGCUGGUGUCCCAUGGCUCCUCUGCCGUCAUCACAGGGGCAUGUGAGAAAGACUCUCAGUGUGGUGGAGGGAUGUGCUGUGCAGUCAGUUUAUGGAUCGGCAGCCUGCGUAUGUGCACGGCCAUGGGACAGGAGGGAGACGACUGUCACCCAAUGAGCCACAAGGUUCCUUUCUUCGGCAAAAGAAUCCACCACACAUGCCCUUGUCUCCCCAACCUGUCGUGUAUCACCGUGCAGGAGGGCAGAUCCAAAUGUCUCUCACCGUACCAAUAUCCAGACUACUACCUCUGAGGACCAACACAACUGUAUCUCUAGCUACAAUUUCACAAUUACUAUAUUAUAUGUUGUAUAAUGAUAACAUGUUGGCUUGUUAUUGAUGGCCCCACGAUGUAAAGUAUCAGCGUAUCUGAUUCAUAAGGUGUGAGCAGGCU